UACCCUGAGACCGACGCCUCAGAAAUUGAGGUUCUGGUAGCAACACGUGUGACGAUAACGCUUGCUCGUCUACACUUUAAUAUGGCAGAGAGAGGGUUCCGAAUCGCGUUCCCUGUUGUAACUAGUUGGGAUUGGAACUUGACAGAGGCUGAUGUAAAUCCGAAGGCCUAUCCCCUGGCAGAUGCUCACCUCACCAAGAAGCUGCUGGACCUUGUUCAGCAGUCCUGUAACUAUAAGCAGCUUCGGAAAGGAGCCAAUGAAGCAACCAAAACCCUCAACAGGGGCAUCUCUGAGUUCAUUGUGAUGGCAGCAGACGCUGAGCCCUUGGAGAUCAUCCUGCCCCUCCCACUGCUGUGUGAAGACAAGAAUGUCCCCUAUGUAUUUGUGCGCUCCAAGCAGGCCCUAGGACGGGCCUGUGGGGUAUCCAGACCUGUCAUCGCCUGUUCUGUUACCAUCAAAGAAGGCUCUCAGUUAAAGCAGCAGAUCCAGUCCAUUCAGCAGUCCAUUGAGAGGCUCUUGGUGUAGGCCUGUGGCCUCUGCCCUUUCCUGUCUGUUCCCACCCUACUUGUGUAUCAUAUUGUCUGUUAGCAUGUAAGGUUUUCAGCCACUUUCUAUUAUAAAUAUUGUACUACAUC